AAAUCAGACUUUUAACAAGGACUGGACAACAAAGUAAGAAUGUUCUACCCCGAGCAAGCGCUGGAAUCUUUGUUUCCUGUCGGACCUUUUUAAGUGACGGACACAUUGAUCCAGACAAGCAGCAACAAUGGUAGACAUCCCAGCGUGUAAUCUUCAUCACCAAACUUGGUCAAACAUUUUCACGUUGCUGGACUCCAUGUCAGCCUUGGCCGACCUGGGCUGGGAGGCGUAUCCCAAUGAAGGGUGGGAGGAGAUCAGCGUGAUGGAUGAGCGGAACACCCCGAUGAGGACCUACCAGGUGUGCAACGUCAUGGAGGCCAACCAGAACAACUGGCUGCGGACACGCCACAUCGGCCGGGAAGGAGCGCAGCGUGUCUACAUCGAGAUCAAGUUCACCCUGCGGGACUGCAACAGCCUGCCGGGGGUCCCCGGGACCUGCAAAGAGACAUUCAACAUGUACUACUAUGAGUCCAACAACGCCAACUUGUGGUUCAUCAAGGAGAGCCAGUACGUCAAAAUCGACACCAUUGCUGCGGAUGAGAGCUUCACGCAGGUGGACGUCGGCGACCGUGUGAUGAAGCUCAACACAGAAGUGCGGGAUAUCAGCAACCUGAGUAAAAAAGGUUUCUACCUGGCCUUCCAGGACCUGGGCGCCUGUAUCGCUCUGGUCUCGGUCAGGGUCUUCUACAAAAAAUGCCCGGUCACCGUGCUUAACUUGGCCCAGUUCCCCGACACCAUAACUGGGGGGGACACGGCCCUGGUGGAGGUCCACGGUGCCUGUGUCAACGCUUCCGAGGAGUUUGAGGCUCCCAAGAUGUACUGCAGUGCAGACGGCGGCUGGCUGGUUCCCAUCGGGAGGUGCGUGUGCAAGCCGGGCUUCCAGGAGAACAAGGACUUCUGCCAACCUUGCAGACCAGGAACCUACAAGGCCUCGGCGAGCGACGCCUACUGCAGCAAGUGUCCUCUGCGCAGCUCCUCCCUGCAGGAGCAGGCCACCCAGUGCGACUGUGAGAGAGGCUUCCACCGCGCAGACAGCGACCCACGCUCCAUGGCCUGCACACGACCUCCGUCUGCUCCGGAGAACCCGAUCUCCACCGUGAACGAGACCUGCGUCACCCUGGAGUGGUCGCCCCCCCGGGACAGCGGCGGGCGCGGUGACAUCACCUACAGUCUGCACUGCAGGAAGUGCUCGGACGAGGGCAAACAGUGCGUGCCGUGCGGCAGCAGCGUCCACUUUGUGCCUCGACAGUUUGGCCUCUCCUCGGCCGUGGUCAUCGUCACCGACCUGCAGCCCGACUCCAAUUACAGCUUCCUCAUCCAGAGCCAGAAUGGCGUGUCGGACUUAAGCCCCACCCCCAAAGGAACGGCGGUGCUCAACAUCACGACAUCACAGACAGUGAGCGUGGUGUUGAAGGAGAGGCGCAGCAAGGACAGCGUGACCUUGGCCUGGCAGGGUCCGCAGAGACCCAAAGGGGCCAUUGUGGAGUACGAGGUCAUCUACUACGAGAAGAACCAGCGGGAGCAGAACUACACCGUCUUGAAGACCCGCUCCAACAUGAUGACGGUGGACGGCCUCAAACCAGGCACCACCUACGUGUUCAGGGUGAGAGCCAAGACGGACGGCGGGUACGGCACCUACGGCGGCGAGAUCGAACUGGAGACCAGCCAUGAAGACGUCUUUGCAGUCGGAGACCCCAACCAGUCCACCAUCGUGGCCGUGUCCAUCGCCGGGAGCAUCGUGCUGCUCAUCUUCCUGGUGGCGUGCUUCGUGGUCAGCGGAAGGCACUGUGGGUAUAUCAAAGCCAAGCAGGACCCCGAUGAAGAGAAGAUGCAGAACCAAAAGGUCAGGACUUACAUCCACCCUCACACCUACGAAGACCCCAGCCAGGCCGUCAGGGACUUCGCCAAGGAGAUCGACGCCACCAAUAUUCUCAUCGAGAGAGUUAUCGGCGCCGGGGAGUUCGGGGAGGUGUGCAGCGGGCGCCUCUGCGUGCAAGGCAAGCGCGAGAUCUACGUGGCCAUCAAGAGUCUGAAGGCGGGAUACUCCGACAAGCAGAGGCGGGACUUCCUGUCUGAGGCCUCCAUCAUGGGGCAGUUUGACCACCCCAACAUCAUCAGGCUGGAGGGCGUGGUCACCAAAUGUAAGCCGGUGAUGAUCAUAACGGAGUUCAUGGAGAACGGAUCACUGGACACUUUCCUCAAGAAACACGACGGGCAGUUCACCGUCAUCCAGCUGGUGGGCAUGCUGCGCGGCAUCGCCUCGGGCAUGAAGUACCUGUCGGACAUGAGCUACGUUCACAGAGACCUGGCCGCACGCAACAUCCUGGUCAACAGCAACCUGGUGUGUAAGGUGUCGGACUUUGGCCUCAGCCGGGUUCUGGAGGACGACCCCGAGGCUGCGUACACAACCAGGGGAGGAAAGAUUCCAAUCAGGUGGACGGCUCCGGAGGCCAUCGCCUACAGGAAGUUCACCUCCGCCAGCGACGUGUGGAGCUACGGCAUCGUCAUGUGGGAGGUCAUCUCCUACGGCGAGAGGCCCUACUGGGAGAUGUCCAACCAGGACGUGAUCAAAGCCAUAGACGAGGGCUACCGCCUCCCGGCGCCCAUGGACUGUCCGGUGGUGCUGCACCAGCUCAUGCUGGACUGCUGGGAGAAAGGACGCAGCGAGAGACCCAAGUUUGGCCAGAUCGUCACCAUCCUGGACAAGCUCAUCAGGAACCCUGCCAGCCUCCGAGAGCUGGCCAACAGCCCGGCGGGAGAGGAGCCCACCACUCCAGACUUCAGCGUGAGCACAGUGGACGAGUGGUUGGAUGCCAUCAAGAUGGGCCAAUAUAAGGAGAACUUUUCCAGUUCUGGAUACGUCAGCUUGGACUCCAUCCUCUACAUCAGUGUCAGUGAAUUGUCCAAAAUGGGCGUGACACUGGCCGGCCACCAGAAGAAGAUCUUGUCGGGCGUGCAGAGCCUGCAGACCCAGGGCACCCAGGUCCAAGUAUAACAGUCCAGGUCCGAGUAUAACAGUCCGCACGCCGAGGCCCGGCCAAGACAAAUGGACCAAUGGAUGCUCUGAGCUCGGACCCUCCCCGGGGGACAACAAGGACACCUGAAUCCUUCACGUUCUCGCACUGCUCUUCCCCACCCUGACGGACACCACCGGCUCCGGAGUCCCGGCAGCAAAACCACCAAAAGACAAUUGGAGGACUGACAAAAGCAUACCUGAAUCCCAUGACUGUCUGUGAGGUCUGAGGUCGGCCGUGUUGUCUUCCUUUCCCUGUCCACCUUUGGGGAGGUACCUGUGUAGAUAUAUGUUCAUAGGGGCGGUGUCCCGCAGCCGGAGAGACGGAGCUAAUGUUUGUAUUGCUCGGGAGGUUUCUGUGACGGUUUUCUACCUUCAGUAUCAGCGCUUUCUCAGUGAGACGCAGAUGACCGAGCCGAGAGUUUGAAAGAAUGUUGGGGUGUGAGAGAACUGGACCUAAAGGUAUAUUGUGAAGGACACGGGCUUCUUCCUGAUGACACACUUCCAUCUUAGGAAAGUCAUUUUUCUUCCAUAACAGAAGCCUUUUCCUCCUUAAAGAUAGCAAUAUUAUUUAGUAGGGGUGUAACGAUUGAUCCAUAUCAGGGUUGUACGGUAUACCGGUACUAGUUUGAAUCAAAAAUGGUACUAUACUCUGUUUGAAAAGUACAGAUUCCCUGUAUUUAUUUUUUAACGGGCAUGACUGCGCGUUUUACGAGCAGAUGAGCAUGUUGGGCAGCGCACACACACUGAGUACUUACAAGCAGACAGUGUGUAGACAGAAAAGGGAGAACGGACGCAUUUUGGUGUAAACAUUUACGAUAACGGUGAAGUUAUAACACUGAAACAUCCUCAGGAAGAGGUGCUUUAAGACAUGGCCAGCAAAUAAAGUAGGUUUUUUGCAAGUACCAUUAUCCCUGGAGGACGAGGAAUAGCUAAAAAUGCUUCAAUUGAAGAAACUGAAGUAUUGAGUAUCUAUUUCACAGUCACAAAAAGUGACUGAAUUGAUUUCAACUCACUGAUUUGUUUCGAAUCGCGUCCUUCGGAAAAAUAUCAUCCCCGAAUCAUGUCGACAACCACAAAUUCUGAAUGGAACCGUUGUUAGAAGCAAUCGUUGCACCCCUAUUAAUAUUUAAGUAGGUGGACAGCGGAACGUUUGUCCAAACAAUCUCCUAAAAGUCUUUAUUUAAAGCUAAUAUUUGAAACAAAGGGUCGGUUGGACGGGGCGAAAGUCCAAGAUCACCGAUUGGUUUUGAAGUGAAAAGUAGCGGGAAUGUCUUGAACUAAAGUAUAAAUGAUUGUAUCAUAGUGUAAAAUAUGUACAGUGUUGAUUUGUAACGAUACUUUUAUUAUCAUGAGAAAGAGAUUUGGGAGAAAGUCACCGAGGAGGAAAAGAGUUUGAAGGAAGGAACGGAGCGAGGGUCAAAAAUAAAUACCAGAUGUCAGUUUUGAACUUAGAAUGAGUAGAAUGGCCUUACAUGAUUAUUACACCACAUGCUUGAUUUGAAUUUAAUACAUAAAUACUUAAUUAAAUUGUAAAAUAAUGGAAUCAUGAAAUCCAUCCGUCCUUCCAUCUUCUUCCGCGUAUCCAAGGUGGUGUUGCGGGGGCAGCAGCCUA